GCUAGGUUGGUUCAACUUUUUUGCUUGACCAGAGGCUCUACAGUCCCAGUGACAGAAACAGCAGAAAGGCCUCACACACCUAACUGAAGGUAGAAGGUGCUCAGUAAUGUAGCAAAUGUUGAAAUCACCACUGGAGGAUCCAACGUGAGCAUUUAAGCAUUUAGUAGAAAAGUAUUACAUACAUAUGUGAAGUGAUAGUUUUACUUGUGUGUAAAAAUGUAAAUUUAUAAUUCAAUAAAAGCUUUUUGUACAUUUACUUCCCUUCAAACAGACAGAUCUAAACCACAAAAUAAGAAAAACAACCCUCUGCUGGUUGGAUAGCAGUGUGGCCUUUAGGAUCUCUCAUCAACUUGAUGUUACUGCUACUUCUACCUGACAGGGUCGUGCAGAGACCUUUGGAGGGACAGGUGCUCAAAGUAGCACAUGGAACAAGGCUCUAAAUAGAGGUGUGCUCAAAAUAUAGAAACAGCAAUAUCAUGAAGUCCUUGCUGAUACACAUACAGAUACCGAUGCUUCUGGAUCGAUAGGGCAGUAAAUGCUGUGACGCAGUGUUGAAAAGAAACAACAAACAACAGAAAAGAUCAUUUUAUGGUGAUUUUUGUUUUGCACCUAUAAAUAACUCUGGGAUUAGAAAGUAACGUGUAUCUUAUACCUUAAAUUAUCCAAACAUUAAAGCUUUUCCUUCUAGGACAUGGUCAUUAUUCAGAAUCAACAUGGUGCCUUUAUCGUGACAUAUCUUGAGAUGAUAGGGAAUACCCAGCUCUAGAUUUAAAACAUUGUGUGCACAAUACAAAUGGAAAUGUUAACACUUUUUUCAAUAUGGACAUGCUACACAUCAUAUGAUCAGUUAGAUUGUUCCGUUAAUUUUACACAUACAACUCAGAUUAACUGGUAUGGUAAAUAAUCUGUAUCUUAAUUAUAUAAAUAAUCUUUAUAACAACAAUGUAUUAAAAGAUGACAGGAUGGCCCCAGAGUGUCAAUCAAGACGCAAGAAGUCAGGAUGGAUAACUAAAUCUUUAACUCAGAAAUUUAUAAAUAUAAAGCACAGAAAAGCAAGCCCAGAGUAGGCAUGUAUAUGUAUAGGAGGAAAUUAUUUCUAAAUACACAGUAACAAUGCGGCGAAAACUACAAACUAUAAAUUGCUUCUUGUAAAGAAGAGCUUAUGCUGCAGUUAACACACUCCCCAAUAACAAACAAACAAAAAUCUUGCUGUGUAAUUAGAACACACAGAGUCAAGCAUCACAUGAAAAUUAUGGGGAGAUCCAGUUGAGAGCUUUGAGGCAGCAGUAGCUCUUUCAUUCUUAAGAGGAAGUAUGGAUUCAUUUUCACUUCUCUUUUUUACAGUCCUAUAUCAGCCGUGGAUAUCACCUGACCCGAGUAUAAGCUGAUUAAGAAGUUUUUUGGCAGCUGACAUAUUCUACAAAAUGUGAUAUAGCGACGUUGUCAGUCAAAGUGGGAAGUCCAUAAAUCUUGUUCAAAUCCAAAGCUGAGUCAUUUUCUGGAUGUCUCACAGAUCGGAGUUUGCUGUUGACCAGUUGUUGCUGUUCCUGUGAAGUCGACCUUAAACAUGGCUGUUUAUUAGAGUUUCUAAUGUGUCUAACUUGUUGGACAUCCAGUAAUUUAAUGUGAAAUGAAGUUUGUAUUGUCUGAAUCUACAAGUACAAGUAAGUUUUAAUUUAAAUGUAGUGGAUACAAAGUACAACAUUUUGUGUAAAUAUGUACUGAUGGAAAUUACACUUAAAUUUGUAGUCUUGUUUGAGUAAAUGUGACCUACCUCUGUAAAGUGGGUUACAAUAAAUUGAUUUUGCCCUGUCAGGCAGAGGAUAAAGCUACAGCUUAUGCUAUUUUGUACUCAAUGUGGUGUCAGGUAUUUACUGGUAAACUUCACAACAAAUGUGGUCCAACUUAAUUGAUACUUAAAAACACAGAUAGGUGGGAGGCGCUAUCUUGUAAAACUGUAACAGACCUUUUCAGUUGUUAAUGAACAUUUGAGGGAUUUCACUUAUUUUCUCUGUUGUCAGAAAAACAAUGUGAGUUAAUUCAGCACGGCUUGUUCAAAUAGUUCAAAUUAAUCACGUUAAAAGGCUGGUGUGACAGUUUUAAAUCAUACACAUUAUAUACACACACACACACACACACCAUACAUAAAUAAUUAUAUAUAUAAAUACAAUGUAUAUAGAAGACCCUGAGAUGAUCUUAUAUAAGAAAAUGUUAUUGAUUUUCAAUGGAAUUGGCAGUUUUCUUAGUGGGACAUGUUUUUGCCAAAAUCUCAAGAACCAGUGAUCAGUUUUUCUUUUUCUUUUACUGGUUAUAGUUGAAACUGCUGAGCUGCCUGAAUUUAACUGCAGUCCAGCUGGUGGUUAUGUGACAAUACAUGCAUUUUAGAUAGAGAUUUAAUGUGUGUGUAUAACCAAUGAUCUUCUCAGGCCUGUCUCUAAACAGGUGAAAUACAAAUCUUUUUUUUCAACUUUCAGAUGCUGCCGCAGAUUACCUUCAAUGUUUGGCUUUAUUUCAAUUUAAUCCUGCCAUUACCGUCAAGUGGAGUGCCAUUGAUUUCUAUCACAGAAAUCGUAGCUCUGGCUGGCGAGGAUGUCAUUUUGCCAUGUCACCUUAAACCUGCAGUCAGUGCCAGUUCUGAGACAGUGGUGUGGACCAAACCUGAUUUAAUCCCAAAGUACAUCCAUGUUCACCAUCAAGGACAAAUUAUGUGUCCGAGACAAAAUCCAUCUUAUAUUAACCGAACAAAUCUCUUUGAGCAAGAACUGAAAAAUGGAAACCUCUCCCUGAAACUCAGCUCUGUAAAAAUCCAGGAUACAGGAAAAUACUUUUGCCAACUUCAAUCAAUGCAGGAGGAAGCUUCCAUCCAACUCACUGUUGCUCUGUCAGAGUUGAUUUGUUCACGUCAACCAAUCGUAGCCCUGGCUGGUGAUGAUGUCAUUUUGCCAUGUCACCUUGAACCUGCAGUCAGUGCCGGUUCUGAGACAGUGGUGUGGACCAAACCUGAUUUGGACCCAAAGUACAUCCAUUUUCACCACGAUGGACGACUGAUGUAUCAGUUUCAAAAUCCAUCCUACUAUUAUCGUACAAGACUGUUUGUGGAUGAACUGACUAAAGGAAACGUCUCUGUGAAAAUCUUCAGCGUGAAAAUCUCUGACUCAGGAAAAUACUUUUGUUUCCUUCAAUCAUUGCAGAUGGAAGCUUCCAUCCAACUCACUGUUGGUGCUGUCUCCUCACCCAUCAUACAGGUUGUCUCAGAUAACAGUGACAGUGUGGUGUUACAGUGUGAGUCUGCAGGCUGGUAUCCAGAGCCUGAGGUGUUCUGGCUGGACGGUGAGGGAAACCUCCUCUCUGCUGGACCUACAGAGACAGUCAGAGGUCCUGAUGACCUCUAUACUGUCAGCAGCAGAGUGACUGUGGAGAAGAGACACAGCAACAACUUCACCUGUAGAGUCCAACAGAAGGACAUCAACCAGACCAGAGACACUCACAUCCAGGUUACAGCUGAUUUCUUCACAGUUUCAUCCUCUUUUAAUUGGAUUUGGAUCAUCAUUUUUAUUAUCAUUGUUUUGGUGAUAAUUAUUCCUAUGGUAUUACUGAAAUGUUUCAAGAAGAACCAGGGGGAAGAAUUGGAGAUGGUGUUUAAGCCAGCAGGAAUGUACACAGACAUGAUGCACCAUAAUAAAUCUAGAAAAUAGUCCAAAAUACAAUGGGAUAAUCCAUGGAAACAGACAGGGAAACUUGACGACACAUACAAACCAUCGAUCACAAAGUAAUUAAAGCAAAGACACUUAUAUACACAAAAGAGGAGGUGGCAAAUGAGGAACAGGUGAAAAGACUCACAAUCAACACUGACAGGAAGUAGAUAAGCAGGUGAAAAAUUCCAUUUAGGGAGUAUCAUCUAAUGUUAUUGUUCUACUUGUGCUAAUGCAAAUGUAUGUACCCAUGUGAGUUAGUUUUUCCAGAGCUACAACUAAGGAGUAAUACAACUGUUAACUUUCAAACUAUUGAUUUUAUUCUGGGAGGAAAUUACGAUUAAUCAUCUGUCCACUAAAUUGGACAUUAGUAGCAGGAGAGUUGUAAGUAGCAGACCUCGGCUACGUAAAAUUUUAAUACAGUUAUGAAAAUUUAUAUUUCCGGGAAUAUUAAUAUAUACCUCGAAAUUUUGUUAAGUUCGGUUAAUUCAUUAGUUGUUAUUCUGAAAUCGUUAGGUCAAUCAGUCAAUCUCAGAUCUGAGCGUAAGUUCUAUGUAUAGGGACUCUAGAUUCUGAAUAACACACACACAUCCGUCGCUGUGCUCAAGGUGAAUUUAUUAACUAACAAAAGAGAGUACAAUUGUGGGUAAAUGUGGUAAUAUUACAGGGAUAACAGUUAAUAUGACAACAAGGAGGUACUAAAACAGGAUAGCCUUUGUAAGGUUCGAUUGAAUUUCAGUUCAUAUUGUAGAGGGAGAGAAUUCUACCAGUAUGAGGGAACGAAUGAAAUUGGGUUGCAGAUUUAGUUUGUCUAAUCUAAGGGUUAUUAACUGUGGAUGGAGCCUAUAGAACACCAACGAGUCACAGAGUGUUGUUUGUUUUGCCCUACCCUUGCCGCAGGUCCUGUGGCAACACAGUCUCACUCCCUACUCGUCAAAUGUCUGACGCAUGGUCAAGGCCCUUUGUCGUCGCUUUUUAAAGACUUGGGUAGCCCUUUUGCAUCAAUUAUUGACGUUUAGGGAUCCACAGUCAAG